CGACGGCGCGGUGUUCGCAUCGACGGGCCGUGUGUUCCGUCGCAGUUUCGGCAAUUCGGCGCACUGGGUGCGCGAAGAAAAAGGUGAUCCGAACAUCACGUCGAACAUCCGACGAGACCUGUCAACCGAGAAGGGCACCUUGUCCACCCUUCGAAUCGUCGACGUCAUCGUGUGUGACGAAGGGCGCACGCCGACGUCAUCCCUCUCUCUUUCUCUCUCCCUCCCUGUCUGUCUCCCUCUGUCUAAUACACCUGUCCUCGUCUCCGCCGGAAAAUGUUGGGCCUGAUUUGCCGUCAGACGUUGUUGGCGAAUACCCAAAAAGUCGGCACCAGAUGCUUGGGAUCGGUAGUUCCGGUGUCGAACCCACCGGACUUUCCGCUGGAGAAUGAGCCGGUUCUCGACUACAAGAAGGGCAGCCCAGAAAGAGCGGAGCUGGAGAAAGUCUUGGAUAAGAUGAGCAGCGAAUGUGAGGAGGUGCCAUUAAUUAUCGGAGAUGAGGAGAUCAAGACCGAUCUAUGCAGAUAUCAAGUCAUGCCGCACAAUCACAAGGAAAAAGUCGCCAAAUAUUACUGGGCGACGCCGGAGCUCGUGAAGAAGGCGAUCGACGUCGCGGUGAAGGCGCAGCGAGAAUGGGAGAAAUGGCCAAUCGAGAAGCGGUUAGAGAUGUGGUUGAGGAUAGCAGAUCUGAUGGCGACCAAGUACAGGCAACAUCUUAACGCUGCCACUAUGCUCGGUCAGAGUAAAACCGUAAUCCAAGCAGAGAUCGACAGCGCGGCGGAGCUGAUCGACUUUUUCAAAAUGCAUGCGUAUUUCGUGAAGGAGAGUCUCAAGUACCAGCCAAUCUCACCGAAUCAGCAGACCCUCAACUCGAUGAGGUAUCGCGGAAUGGACGGUUUUGUAGCGGCUGUGUCGCCCUUCAACUUCACCGCAAUUGGCGGUAAUCUCAGCUAUACGCCGGCAUUGAUGGGUAACGCCGUACUCUGGAAGCCAUCCGACACCGCGUUAUUAUCCAACUGGUGGAUCUUUAAGAUAUGCAGGGAGGCCGGGGUGCCGCCCGGCGUGGUGAAUUUUGUUCCUUGUGAAGGACCUGUGUUCGGCGAUACCAUCACGUCCUCGCCUCACCUCUCUGGACUCAACUUCACUGGCUCGGUGCCGACGUUUAAUCGUUUAUGGGCCCAGGUCGGUCAAAAUCUUCCCAAGUACAGGAACUACCCGAAAUUGAUCGGUGAGUGUGGCGGCAAGAAUUAUCACUUCAUCCACCCGAGUGCUGACGUGGAAUCGGUUAUCUACGCGACGAUAAGAAGCGCAUUCGAGUUCAAUGGACAGAAGUGCUCCGCUUGUAGCAGAAUGUAUGUACCAGAAUCUCUAUGGGGCAAGAUAAAAGAUGGCCUCUUAGCUCUUCGUCAGAAACUCACAAUCGGUGAUAUUCGAGACUUCACCAUAUUCACCGGCGCCGUUAUAGACGCCGUUGCGUUCAAACGAAUUUCCGGUUACAUCGAGUACGCGAAGAAAUCGCCCAAGAUGGAAAUUCUUGGCGGUGGAGGCUACGACGAUUCGUGCGGAUAUUUUAUCGAACCGACAAUAAUACAAUCCAAAAAUCCGAAAGAAAAACUCAUGAUAGAAGAAAUAUUCGGCCCAGUGUUAACGAUAUACGUUUACAAGGAUUCCAAACUAGACGAGACGGUAAAGCUGGUGGAAACGUCCACACCUUACGCCUUAACAGGCGCGAUAUUCGCACAAGAUGAGAAAUGGACGAAGCAGGCACUUGAAGAUUUUAAGUAUACUGCCGGUAAUUUUUAUGUCAAUGACAAAUCGACCGGUUCAGUGGUCGGUCAACAGCCAUUCGGUGGUAGUCGAAUGUCCGGUACAAAUGACAAAGCCGGCGGUCCUCACUACGCUCUUCGCUGGGCAUCCCCGCAGGCCAUUAAGGAGACCUUCGCGCCUAUACGGGAAUACGACUAUCCAUACAUGAGAUCCUAAACACCGGACUCGCUCAAUGUUAAUUCGAUGUGAUUAAUCCGGUAAUAUAUUGCCCGAUAGUUGCACAUUGCAAAUCGAGAAACGCUUAUAUUUUCAUCUUAUCGGGAAAGAAAUAUACCGGGGCAAUAUACGGCGGUAUUACUACACCCUGCUGAUUUGACUCAAUGAAUAAGAAAACAAACAAGAAGGAAAAAACAUUCAGUUCACCAUUCAAAUGAGGUAUCAUACAGAAAUAUAUGAAAUUAAUGGAUUUACAAAAAUGUUUUUAAAUUAAGUUCUAACAUAUUAGAAUCAUAACGGAAAAAAGCUCAAAAUUUCGAUUAUAGGAGCGGAUACGGCGAAAUAAAACGUGCGAAGAUACUGAUUACCUUUUCUAAGGUAAAAUCUCACUUGUGUAAGAUUCUUGUCCUACGGUAUGGUAUUCUUAAUUUGCUUCCUGAUAAUUCGAUAAAAUUAUUUGGUGAGAAUAUAAUUCGAUGGAAACAAAACGUAUUCAUAUAUCGUGUGACAAGGUCAAAUGCCGAAUUAAUUGAACGUGCAGAAAUUGUGAAAACGAUUUCGCGUAAGAGGACUUUCUCUCGAUAGGGAGCAUAGUAAACUCGCAAGCGCAAUUUUUGCGAUGCACAAUAGAGACACGACUAGAUUCCUAGAUGAAUUAAAGGGAGGAAAUCAGGCUCGCAGGUCGCAGCAAGUGCACACAUAACUCGCCUUCGAAUAUUCCGUUGAUAUCACCUCGUGAUAGAUACGGAAUUCCAGUGCGGCGAUUCUCCCGUAAUCGAUUCUGUUAGCCGCGGACGUCGCUUCGUAAGCCGCCAAACACGCUGUCUCGAUUACUCGCCGCCAGUACAUUACCAAAGUAUUAUCCGAUGUGCAUUUCGGAGACGUGUGAUCUCAUCACCGUGUGCCCGAUGUAUCCUCUCCCUCUCUCAGUACAAUAAUACUUUUAUAACUCAAGAGUUAUCGCAUCAGAUCGAUUGAAGAGGAAAACGUAAGCAAAACGAUGCGUUUAUCUAUAAUACGUGAUUGCGUACAGCAACAAAAAAAGGUAUAUCCGUAAUCUUGUCGAAUUACAUCCGGGAUACUGGAUAACGUUUACUACGCUAUUGUCACGUGUCCUUAAUGUCGACUGAGUAGAGCAAAAUAUUGUUAAUGUGAUCAAUAAAGCUUCGAUUUGAACCCCGUUUUUAGAUGCGAUAUUACCUACAUUGUAAAUGAUGGAUUUCUUUUUCUACUGCUAGAGAGAUUGUCAUGGGUAACGCAGUUUCGGUGACUUUCAGUUCCUUUCUAAUAACUUGUACCUUGUAAGAUUGUAUAUGCGGAAAACGUGAUCCCUCUGUAAUAGCUGAAGUACUCUUAGCAUUUACAUACAAACGUGUAUACGCACACGUGUGUCGUGCGUGCGUAUAUAUGUAUUCCCAGAUCUUUGAUCAUCGUUUGUCCUAUAAUAUUGUUGAUAAUGUGACUGAGACGGGAUGUUUCGAGAGUUGAUGGGUGAUCGCCAAGAACAUAAUAAUUGACAAUAUGUUAUAUAUUGUGGCAAGUGUUACAGCGUUAUUUAAGUGUACGAUAGCAAUAAAGCAACAUAAAUCUAUAUAGUCUUCAUAUCGCUUUGUACUUUAAUUGUUAUUAUAAAACGCGCCAAUUUUUGAAGUAUCGGAUAUGACGUCAGCGUCUGCAUGAAGCAAUUGAGGGUUUCCAUUGGUCUCUGAUUCUAGAUGACGAGACUACUUCCGUCCGAAUGUGUAUGAGCGCGCAAUCGAUCACGUGAUAGAUUAGCAGCUACGUAUAGACUCGUAUUUGUUAGUGAUACGUAGAAUGCUUUUUUUGGGGCCCAUAAAUUUUUUUCGUAUAUUAAUACUC